AUGAAAUCCAUGAUGAGUGUUGAAGUUAAAAAGAAGCCUCAGUAUAUGGGAGAUAGGUAUUAUGAUGAUUUAGUGACGCUUGUAGUGAAAAAGCUCAAGGUUAAACUAGUGAAAAUUCUUACUAUUUUCUAUACCAUUGAUUUCUCGAAUAAUAGCUUUAAUGGUACGAUUCCAGAAGUAAUUGGAAAGCUUCGAGCACUUAAUCACCUCAACCUUUCUCAAAACAAUCUUACAGGUAAGAUUCCUCCAUCGUUGAGAAAUAUGAAAGGAAUCGAAGUCUUAGACCUUUCUUCAAACAAACUUGGCGGGAGAAUUCCAUGGCAGUUAACUGAUUUGACAUUUCUCUCUUUGCUGAACCUGUCACAGAACCACCUUAUGGGAUGUAUUCCUAAAGGGAACCAAUUCGGUACAUUCUCAAGUGAUUCGUACGAAGGAAACUGGGGAUUAUGUGGACUUCCAUUAAAGAAGAAAUGCAGUAGCGGUGAGCCUUCCCAGCCAUCCCCGAGAUCAGGUGAUAGUGACUCUGAAAAAGAUUUUGGUUGGAAAGUUAUGUUGAUGGGUUAUGGAUGUGGGACGGCGUUUGGAUUGAUUAUUGGAUGUCUUGUGUUCACAACAAGAAAGCCUCUGUUGAUGUAG